AUGAAUGGGGAAAUAAAGCCAGCAUGCUCAGUUCCCGAGCAGCAAGCCCAAAAUGGCGCCCAUUUCUUUUUAAUCUAUUACACUGAUAUUGCGUCUGUACAACAGCCAAGUUUAAACCAAAGAAACUCUUUUUCUCCCUCCCUCUAUUUUUCUCAUUAUCUUCUCUUCUCUUCUUUCUUUUUUCUUUCUUUCUUUCUUUCUUUGUUUGUUUGUUUUUCUCUUUCCUCUUUUUUCUCUCUCUUUCCCACCCCUUCAUAUUUCUUUUUAUAUUUCUUUUCUCUUUUCCCUUUCUGUUCUCUCUACCGUUCUUGUUUUUUUCUCUCUCUCUCCUUAUUUUUCUGUUUUAUAUAUCCCCCCUCCCACUGUUUCCUCUCUUACUAUUUUCUGUUUUACCUUCUCUAUUUUCUAUCUGCUUCUCACAUCUUUACCUUUCUGUUUUUCUCUCACUGCCUAAUUUUUUUUAUCUUAUUUCUCUCUCUCUCUCUCUCUCUUGAAUUUAUCUCUUUCUCUCUCCUCCUUUCUCCAACUCUUUCUCCUUCCUUCCUCCUCUCUCUCUCUCUCUCUCUCUCUCUCUCUCUCUCUCUCUCUGUAGAAACAUGCCUAUAA